UUUUUGUUCGGCCAUAGUUGAAAAUGGCGAUUGCUAGGAAUUUAAUGUGAACGAAUGUGCUUGCAAUUAGUGCGCGUACAGUGUAUUUUAUUGAAGAAUCGCAACUAUAAUAAAGCUAUCAAUUCAACUGAAAUGCCAACAUGCAGAAUGUUUCGCAAGAACCCUCUACAGAUAAUCCGAAAAUAGAUAAAGUUGUUCUCCACGAACUAGGGAACUCGUCGUCUACUCCCCAAUCGACGACGUCCAAUUCAAGUCCUGCUAAAUCCGAAACGGAAACCUAUUCAGAACAUCGCAGAUAUAUGUCAGAAACAUCAGAAAGUGAAGAAGAUAGCGUAUCCGAGGUGGAGUCAUUUAUGAUUGAUCAGGAGUUCGAGGACGAUCCGCAGGUGGAGGCUGCCAAAUUCCUGCUCAAUCCCGACGAGGAUAGGGCCGUGGAUCCAGAAACGCAGGCCAGGCUCGAGCAGCUGCUCCAAGCGGCCGGUAUCGGUCAAUUGGCGGCGAAAGAUGGCAAACAUCUAGGCGAUCCCGAGGUGCUGCGCAGACUCACGUCCAGCGUUUCUUGCGCAUUAGACGAGGCAGCUGCCGCUCUAACGCGCAUGCGUUCAGACAACCCCAACCGUUCCACCACUUCGGCGUCCGCGUCUGUCGUCGCGACGCCUACAGCCGCAGCUCCGACCCCUCCGCAACCGCAGCUGGCGCAACAGCAGCAGCUGGCGCAGCAACAGCAGCUUGCGCAGCAGCAGCAGCAACCGGCGCCCCCCGAAAAAACAUCGCUGGUGGAGGCUUGUACAGACGGCGACGUAGGCACGGUGAGGAAGCUGCUGACAGAGGGCAGAUCGGUGCACGAGACGAGCGAAGAAGGGGAAAGCCUCUUGUCGCUCGCUUGUAGCGCCGGGUACUUCGAAUUGGCGCAGGUCCUUUUGGCGAUGCACGCCAACGUGGAGGAUCGCGGCAUCAAAGGAGAAUGCACUCCUCUGAUGGAGGCUGCCUCUGCCGGUCACUUGGACAUCGUGAGGCUGCUGGUCGCUCACGGAGCAGACGUCAAUGCUCAAUCGACAUCAGGCAACACCCCGUUGAUGUACGGAUGCGCCGGCGGCCAUACGGACGUCGUGAAAUUCCUUUUGGAAAAUGGCGCCAACGUCGAAGAUCACAACGAGAACGGCCACACGCCGCUCAUGGAGGCGGCCAGCGCCGGUCACGUCGGCCUCGCCAAGAUCCUUUUGUCGCACGGCGCCGGCAUCAACACCCACUCCAACGAAUUCAAGGAGUCGGCGUUGACUUUGGCCUGCUACAAGGGCCACCUCGACAUGGUGCGUUUCCUUUUGGAGGCGGGAGCCGACCAGGAGCACAAGACCGAUGAGAUGCACACUGCCCUUAUGGAAGCGUCCAUGGACGGACACGUCGAGGUGGCUCGUCUCCUACUGGAUUCGGGCGCGCAAGUUAACAUGCCCACCGACAGUUUCGAGUCCCCUCUGACUUUGGCGGCGUGCGGCGGCCAUGUUGAUCUCGCCAUGUUGCUUAUCGAGCGUGGGGCUAACAUCGAAGAGGUCAACGACGAGGGGUACACGCCCUUGAUGGAGGCGGCACGCGAGGGUCACGAAGAGAUGGUGCAUUUGCUGCUCGGCCAAGGUGAGUGGGGCGCCAACAUCAACGCCCAAACGGACGAGACGCAAGAGACGGCCCUCACGCUGGCCUGCUGCGGCGGCUUCACCGAAGUGGCCGAUAUCCUGCUCAAGGGCGGCGCCGAUAUCGAGCUGGGCGCCUCGACGCCCCUCAUGGAGGCUGCCCAAGAGGGCCAUCUCGACCUCGUCAGAUUCCUUUUGGAGAACGGAGCCAACGUGCACGCCCAAACCCAAACGGGAGACACUGCUCUCACCUAUGCCUGUGAGAACGGCCACACCGACGUCGCCGAUCUCCUCCUCCAAUAUGGCGCCGAUCUCGAGCACGAAUCCGAAGGUGGCCGAACGCCCCUCAUGAAGGCCUGUCGGGCCGGUCACAUGUGCACCGUGCAGUUUCUCAUCUCCAAAGGGGCCAACGUGCGACGCCCGACCACUAACAACGACCACACGCCACUGUCUUUGGCGUGCGCGGGCGGCCAUUUGCCCGUGGUGGAACUGUUGCUCAGCCACAACGCCGAUCCCAAUCAUAAGCUCAAGGACAAUUCGACGAUGCUGAUCGAAGCGGCAAAGGGCGGCCACACUAACGUGGUGCAGCUGCUGUUGGACUAUCCGCACUCGAUGCAGCCGACUGCGCUUGCGCAGCAGCAGCAGCAGGCGGCUACGGGGGCGACCAACUUGGCGAUGCUGCCCGGCCAGGUGGGCAGUCGCGAGUCGCCCGUCGGGACGGCCGCAGCGGUGGGGGCGGGCGGGCAAAGCGUCGGGGCGCAGGGAUUCUUUCAGCCUCCUGCCGCUGCCGUCCUUCAAGAAGUGCCCGACGCCGUUCGCAUCGUCCAGCAAGAGGACGCCAACAGUCCCCCUAUCGACGUCGACAAGCAACAGGUGCAAUCGCCCGCCAAUCGCACGGCCGACACGCAAAAAGUAUCGACGGGAAGGAAGUGCGUGCUGCCCAAGAGCCGGUCGGCUGGCACCGUUUUCGACGGCAAUCUCACGUCGGCCGAGGCCCAACAGGUGAGGACGCAGCCUCUCGAUUUCGAGGAGGAGGUGUUCUCUGCCAAUGCCGCGAUGGACUUCCUCAACAAGGACGAGUCGAACAGCACGCUGAUCGGCUUCAUCAAGAACAGGAAGAAGCAGCAGUUCAACAACAACGCCGACGAAGGAUCCACCCAAAAGCAGCAGAUCCUCGAGGAAUUGCACCGGGUGGAGCGUGAGCUUCACGGAAAGACCCAAAGUCACAACCACAUGUUCCAGUAUCCGAUAUCUCAGGAACAAUGCCCAUCCACUCCAAGUAAUACACUGCCUCAUAUGCUGAGCAUCGACAUUGCUAUGCAGCAACAAAAGCAGCAAGGGCUGGCACUCUUUCCCGGCCAAAACCUUCAAGUCCACAAUGCUUUCUACGCAGGCGCCUCCGCUGCAUCUCCCACCGACGUCGCCGCCACCGCCUCCGCGUUCCAAGGUCAGAAACCACCACCUCCGCCGCCCCAAACGCCGUACUACUUCGCUCCGAUGCCUACGUCGGUGGCGGUCAGUUUGGCGGCGGGGGCGGUCUCGCCGCCUGCUGUCGCUGCUGCCAACAUCGGGGCCAAUCAGAGUCCGCCUGUCAAGUUCCAGAGCGUUACUUCACAUGCCGAAGUCAGCCAGAAUACAGCAAUAAGCGACAGACCCAAAGCCAAGCCGGUUUCGAAGAAGGAAGGCAAAAACUUGAGGAAGCAACAACAGCAGCAGCUACAACAGCAACAGGCCAUGUUGCAACAGCCGCAAUCGCCCGCGCAAGCUUUCCAGGCCAACCUCUACAGCCAACAGUCGCCGCAGAUAUUCGGCCAGCUGCAGCUGCAACCUCCGCAACAGCUGCAGCCGCAACAGUUCCAGCAGCAAGACGUCAAGACGAUAACGCAGCAAGAGAUCCUCAAUGUUCAAGGUUUAGACCUGGCAUCUAUCGAUGAAGACACUUUUGUCCUGAAAAACGACAACCACGAAAAUCUUUUGACAGCUUCGAUUCUGCAACAGUUUCAUAGUUCUCCUGCACUCAGGGCUGCUUUUGUUGGAUCACCACAAAAAACAAGGUUAGAACUGUACGAUCACAAUGAGGAUGCUAGCAAAGUAACCAAGCUCGAACUGACCGACAAAGACUUUUCUUCUGUCGAUGAUGUCGUUCAAACUCUCGAAUCGUUCAACACCACCGAGAUUAGCGAGCAAAGUCUGUCUCAACAGAAUUUGCAGGUUCAGCCGUAUCCGAGCGCUCUCGACGAAUCGAUGAUCGCCUCUCUGGCGGCCCAACAAGACCUGCCGACCGCCGCCGCCACCGCCACCGACUUAUCGCGCGUCGAGUACUUCGCCGUCCCUUCGAACGGCGGGCAGGUGCCCGUGCACGCCCUGUAUCCCUACGACUAUCUGGGGGCGGCCGGGUUGCCCAAAGAGCAGCUUUUCCAAGCCGGCUUCCAGGCCGGCUACAGUCUCAUGCAGCAACAGUUGGCUUGUCCUAGCGGCAGCGCCGGCGAAAGUCUCACCACCGCUAGCGUCGUUCCUGCCGCCGUCGGGGCGGUGUCAGGAACGUCCGCCCAACAGUACAUUACGCCCCAGCAGCAGCAGCAACAGGUGGUCUGCCCGCAAGGGCAGACGGCCUGCCCGCACGUUGGGCCUGCUGUCGCCCUUCAACAACCUCACCACUGCCAGAUGCCGUGCGCGCAACAUCAGCCGCCCACCAACCAGGUGCAAGCGGUGGCCACCCAAACGGCCGCCCAGCAGACCGCCCAAGCAUCAGGGGCGGCCGGCGAGGUGGCGAAAAAGUGCGUCGGUGGCGUCGCGGCGCCGAAGAUGAACGGCGGCGCCGUGGCGUCCUCCGCCGCCUCCGCUGACGGCAUCAAGUUCAAGAAGGGACGCGUGCUGAGGCACCAGACGCAGGCGCAGGGGGGCGGGAGUUUUCCGGCCGCGCAGAAUUACCAGAUCGAUCACAAUUCCGCCAUCACCCAGUACAGCACGUCGCAGCAGCAACAGCAGCAGCAGCAAUGCCCGAACGCCGUCGCGACGCCCUGCAUGGACGUCGAUUCGGAGACGGAGAGCAACCACGACACGGCGUUGACGUUGGCUUGCGCGGGGGGGCACGAGGAGUUGGUGGAGUUGUUGAUAAGCCGCGGGGCGGAUAUCGAGCACCGCGACAAGAAGGGGUUCACGCCGUUGAUUUUGGCCGCCACCGCUGGACACGAGAAGGUUGUCGAAAUUUUGCUGAACCACAACGCCGACAUCGAGGCUCAGUCUGAGCGCACCAAGGACACGCCGCUGAGCUUGGCAUGUUCAGGUGGGCGGUACGAGGUCGUCGAACUACUACUCAACAGAAAUGCCAACAAAGAGCACAGGAACGUCUCCGACUACACCCCAUUGAGCUUGGCGGCCUCCGGCGGCUACGUCAACAUCAUCAAACUCCUUUUAAGCCAUGGCGCCGAAAUAAAUUCGCGCACCGGCAGCAAAUUGGGCAUUUCUCCUUUGAUGCUCGCUGCGAUGAACGGUCACACGGCCGCCGUCAAAUUGCUGUUGGACAUGGGCAGCGACAUAAAUGCGCAAAUCGAGACCAAUCGGAAUACGGCGCUGACUUUGGCCUGCUUCCAGGGCAGGCACGAGGUGGUCAGUUUGUUGUUGGAUAGGAAGGCGAAUGUGGAACAUCGGGCGAAGACCGGCCUGACGCCGCUCAUGGAGGCGGCGAGCGGCGGCUACGUGGACGUCGGUCGCGUCCUCUUGGACAAGGGCGCCGACGUGAACGCGACGCCGGUGCCGUCGUCACGUGACACGGCCCUCACCAUCGCCGCCGACAAGGGUCACGUGCGCUUCGUCGAGCUGCUGCUCUGUCGGGGGGCGCAAGUCGAGGUGAAGAACAAGAAGGGCAAUUCGCCCUUGUGGUUGGCCGCCAACGGCGGUCAUCUGCCGGUGGUCGAAUUGUUGUACAACGUGAAUGCCGACAUCGAUUCGCAGGAUAAUCGGAAGGUGUCAUGUCUGAUGGCGGCCUUCCGCAAAGGUCACGUUAAAGUGGUCAAAUGGAUGGUGCACCACGUGACCCAAUUCCCCAGCGAUCAGGAAAUGAUGCGCUACAUAGCGACAGUCAGCGACAAAGAGCUAUUGGAAAAAUGCCACGAAUGUGUCAAGGUCAUAAGGGCGGCAAAGGAAACCCAAGCCGCAAAGGCCAACAAGAACGCCUCCAUUCUAUUGGAGGAGCUGGAAUCGGAGAAGACUCGCGAGGAAUCGAAGCGACUGGCGGCGGCCAGAAGGCGGGAGCGCAAAAAGAAGAAGAAACUGGAGAAGAAGGAGGAGAGAAGGAAACUGUUGGAGGAGAACAAGAAGAACGAGAAUUACGACGAGAAGUCCGAUAAGCAGCAGCAGAGCUUAGAUGAGGAGAAGGCGGACGAAGAAGAAAACGUUCCCGAAGUCCACCAUCACCACCAUCCGGCCGCCCUCCGACACGGCGACACCUCCACCUCCUCCUCCACCACCUCCUCCACCUCCACCAACCACCACCAGGACAAGGAGGAGGGCGAUUCGGGCAUCGACGCCAACAGCCAGGGCAGCUGCUCGAGCGCCGACCUCAAGUCCAAGGAGAAGCGGGCGGGCAAGAAGAAGAAGAAGGGCGGCGGUACGUUGGGCGGCCAAGCGAAGGGCAGCGCAGCGAAAGGGAUGGAAGAGAAGGCAGGGGCGGACGAGCAGGAUAAGGAGGGGAAAGGUGUCGGUGGAGAUGGGAAAGGGAAAGGAAGCGGGAGUGCGAGGAAGGGGCUGUUGUUCGCUCAGACUAAGUCUCCCGCCGAACGUGACGAUUUCGAAGCGACAGGCAGCGAGGUUUACGUGUCCACCAAAAAAUCGAACAAAAGUUUCGAGGACAUCGCCCCGCCUACUAUGUUGCCCACCAAAAGUUCCACCAGCCCGAAGCAGUCCACCAAGCGCGAGGAAGGAUGGAAAGAGGUGGUGAGAAAGUCGUCGGUGCAAGCAGUCACGGCGACCGAAUCGGGCGUCAAAAAGGUGUCGGUACCUUUGAACGCCAUCUCGCGCGUGAUCGGCCGCGGCGGCAGCAACAUAAACGCCAUCAGAGGCGCCACCGGCGCUCACAUCGAGGUGGAGAAGCAGAGCAAAGGUCAAGGGGAAAGGAUAAUCACCAUCAAGGGAUCUGCAGAAGCCACCAAACAAGCACACACUCUUAUUGCAACUUUGAUCAGAGAUCCUGAAGUAGAUAUCCUAUCUAUGUUACCUAAAGCCACCAAGGUCAUAAGCAGCACAACCACCUUGUGGGAUAAAACACAGAUUGGGACGAAGAAAAACGCCGGAAAAAUCGCCCCCACCCCACCCAACGCCGGUCCGCCCUCCAUCAACCCCCACCCCAAAACGACACCAACCGCCGCCUCCACCCCUGCCGUCCCCGGCAGAUUCUCGACGACGCCCGCCCUCGCCGCCUCCGCUGCCAAAGCGCGAGGCGGAGGCGGUGGCAACACCGCCAACGCGUUGCCGGGCGGUCGGGUGACCGCCCCCAGGCUGGCGGCGCAGGCGGAGAAGAACGCGGCGAUCGGGACGCAGGGUAGAACGCCCGCCCAAAGUCAGCAGGGCGGCAGGACGGGGCAGCUUAAGGCGACGGCAGCUUCUGCUUCGACCGGUCUGCUAUCCAAGACCAAUCAAACUUUCGCCGCCAAACUCACGGAGACCGCCUCCAACCAACAACAACUCUACAUCAACACCACCACCACCUCCAACAACAACCACAACGUUAGCGCUCAAUCUUCGGCCAACAAACCGCCCAGAACUUCUCUGGCACCGCCCCAGCCGCCCCAAUCAGCGUCGGGCGGCGGUGGUAAUGGGCCGGUGUCGCCGCAAACGCAACCACAAAUCGCCGCCCCUGUAGCCGCCCCCGUUAACAAUAACAACGGGCAGUCGUCGCCCAACAGGAACAACAAUGUUAGACCGGGGCCGACCGCUUCGGCGCCGCCCAACAUGCAGCAUUUCCAGAGUCCCGGCAAGGCAUCGAACAUGUUCGGAUCGACGAUCCUAGCCGCCCCCGGAAAUUCCAUCCCACCUGCCGUCGAACCGCCGGUGCACACCCUCAGAAGUUCCACCCCCAAUUUGCUGCAGACCGCCAACAGGACCGAUCUGCCCUGCGUUUUGCUCGAAGAGAGUUCGAAUUCCAUCUCGACCCCAUCCGAAUACUCGCUCUUCUACACGGGCGACCACUGGAACCGCGGUCGAGAACACCAUCAGGAAUCUCAGAAGCCCGUCAACUUUGCCGCCGCCACCGUAGGCGGCAGCGGCACCAACAGCGUCGUCGGCGGCGUCGUCUGCUCCAAUACGCAGGCGUCGGUGGGAGGCGGCGGACAGCACGGCAAAUUCAUCGAGCAGGAGCCGCCUCCGAUGCCCGUCGACGCGGCGAAGGCCCCCGGGUACAGGGGCGGGGCAGUGUGUUCGCCGGUUUCCUCGUCGAAAGCGAGCAGCAACAGCACCACGCCGCCGAAUAUUUCGGCCAACAGUUCGUUUCAAGGCUACCAAGAGCAACCGAAGACCCAAAACGCCCUGCCGCCGAUCGGCAGCAACGUGGUGCACAAUCGGCCGACCGUCGUCUCGCAGACCGCCCAGCCGGACUAUUUCGGCGAUCUGUUCAAGGCCGGCGCCGGCAACAUUCCCGCAAUGCUCAAUCUGUCCAACGACGGCCAUCUGAUGCAGUCCAACUACAACGCCAUUCAGAAUCUGAGCUUUUCUCAACCACAGCCUGUUGUACAGCAGCAACAGAGCGCCACCAUGUCCCGUUUGAAUCCGAAAGCGCCGGAAUACUCCAGCUACAACAUGCAGAGCAAACCGUCGCCGCACACUUACAAUGGCUAUCAAAUGAACAGCCCGAGCAACAUGUACAUGUCGAAGCAGCAGCAACAACAUCAACAGCAGCAGCAGCAAAGUGGCAUGGAAAAUUUCCACAGAUCGAACUUGGGCUCCCACCAAACCCGCCAAUGGCUGCAAAUGCAACCGCCCUUCACUCAAUCCGACCACCUGAUGAGCGGCAUCGCCGGCAUGACGUUGCACAGCAUCGCCAAAUUCACCGCCUCCUCGGCGGCAGGCGUCGAGACGCUCGAUAACGGCGCCGACGCCUCGAUGGGCGUAUACGGCAUGGAGGUGGACGGGCGCAAACCGCCUCAGCCGAUCGGCACGGGCAGGAAGGCGGUGGGGGCGGCGGGGGCGUUUGGCGGGUCGAUGGAGGGGUGGCGCAUGAUGGCGGCCAACAGCGACAAGAUGGCGGCGGAGAAGUGGUCGUUGGGCAACGGGGCGACGGUGGCGGGGGAGUAUUCGGUGCGGAACGCGCAGAUGUACGGGGAUGAUAUGCCGCCGAUGGAUUAUUCCCGCCCCAUACCGAAUUUGGAUACCUCGCAUACAUACAUGAACGGACCUCCCUAUUACAACCAACCGCCGUUGAAUGCGGUCCAGCAUGACUUCAUGCAGGACAUGCAAAAGUUGGACCUGUCAUCUUGGAAUAACGCGCCCAGGCCCAUUCCCGAACUACCAGACAAACAGCAUGGGUGGACCAACAAAUGGAACCAGUAACAACAAACGUCAACACGUGAACUAUAAGCGUAUUUUAAAUUAAGUCCAAAAAAUCGUGCGAAAUUUAGCUUCUCUUUGUGAUUUUUGGAAUACAAGUUUUUGCAGUAGCUCCUAGUUCUAGUUUUCUUUUAUUUUAUUUUUCUUUUUUUGUUAUACGGUACAAAAUAUCCGAUCGUGUCGGCCCUUUAUACAGGUCAAGUAACCGGCAGUCGUUUAUGUAGCCACCGUCGCAUUUGGUGUAUAUAUAAAAAAAAUCAUUAUUCAAACCCGUUCGAUGUAGUUACUUGCAUGUCGAUUUUAUUUUAACGAACCGCUUAUAGUUUGGCAAGUAAUUUGUAGCAGGAUGGAAAAUAAAUAAGAGUUACUGAGUUUGGGCUCCUGAAGUCGCUGUGAGCGACUUCGGGACCGGGAUUUAUAAAGGUUUAAUCGUAAAAAAUUAUACUAAAACAUGUAAAAUGUAGUAGUUGCGCAUGAAAAAAGGUUAUGAGGGAUUGGCGAUUAAGGGACAAGUUCUUACUUGUGAUUCUUUGUUCUCUAAUCGAAUAUUAUAUUUUCUUUCCUACUCGGUCGAGUGUGGUGUUUGUGUGUUUGCCACCCAUGAAAUGUUGCGUCUGGCACACAACACAAGCACUGUGUGCUCUGUCUCCGCUAAUUGGUAGGAUUAUUAUUAUACGGAAUAUUAUGUAAUAUUUGCUUGUACAUGAAGACUUAAAUAUAUCUUUAUGCACUG